AUGAACAAUACAGACGCUGUGAUCAGUAUUUCUUCGAAUCAAACCGGAACAGCUCAGUCCGCUUACGGUGUACAUAUUGUGGAAGUAUGGAGCGCACUGAUUGUGCAAACCGUGGUCUGUCUAGUCGGUGCAGGUCUGAAUAUUAUCAACGUUAUCGUGUUCAGUCAUCGUCAGUUCACAGCGACCCCAUAUAUAUUUAUGACUGCUCUCGCUGUGGCAGAUGCUGGAACGCUUUUAGUUCAUCUUCCUUACGGUUUGUUGAGAUGUGAUCGUCGAAUUCAUUUAUGUACAACAUCCUUGUUCAAAUGGCUUCGACCCUACCUGUCCUAUUACGUCACUUAUGUUGGAUUUGAAUUGGGCAACAUGCUUGAGGCGCUGUCUGCCUGGAUCACCGUGCUCAUAUCUACCGAACGUUAUGUAACUAUUCGAUGGCCACAUAUGGGCAAGCUGAAGUUUUCACGCGAUCAAGGAAAACGUCAAGUGGUGUGGAUAGCCGUGGUAGCCGUGACAUUUCAUUUACCUCUUUUUUUUGUGCUUGAAGUUCGUCACGUGACCCGAUCAAUCGGGAACAACCAGACACGUCACUUUCAAACGACCAGUCUGACGCACUUUGGAAGUUCCAUGUAUUAUUAUAGCUACACAUGGAUUAGGUUUAUACUUGUCCAAUUCAUUCCAUUGGUCACACUGUGUGUGAUGAAUUCACUCCUAUUGAUAUUGAUCUGGACCAGUUAUCGACAUCAGCGGCAAUAUUUGAACAAACAGUUUCAAAAUAAGCCACAUCAACAGACGGACGCUAUGCUGUCCACCAUGAUCGAGCAUCGGAUUGAAGCAGAGCGUCAAUCCACAAUGAUAUCCCACGUGAACGGGAAUCGAACGGUGGAAGAUCAUUCCCCAAAAACUCGUCGAUCCUUACUCCAACGUGCGAAUUCCGACAACGGGAUUCUACCCCAACCUCGGGUCACCUCAACCAAAUCGAGCGGGCCAGGACCACGGUUGGAACGAUGUCAACAAGCGAAUAACAAAUUGUCAAUUCUCCUGGUAGCCGUGAUUUUUCUGUUUCUAGUUGGACAAAUUCCUCAGGCUUUUGCUUAUGUGCACAUAUUGGAACUGAUCACCAAAAAACUAUGUAACUCGUGUCCCGUGUAUAUCAGUCUGUACAAACAUUUGAGUCAAUUGUUGUGUCUCAUCACAUCGAUGGUGCAUUUUUUUCUCUACACCGCGCUCAAUCGACAUUUCCGUGACUGUUUGAGUCAGAUGUGUUUUUAUCGUCGAUAA